AUGUCGACAGCGAAGGCAUCAUACGAGAUCACAGUAAGCAAGUGUGGCUUUCAGUCUGGAUGCAAGCCGUACCCGAUUCCCCCAUGCGGUCAUCACCCAAAUCAGACCUAUUUCGGUCCCUGCCCCACGGACGAGUACGACACACCUGUAUGUACGAACAAGUGCAUCGCUGGAUACAGCAAGUCCUACAGCGAUGAUAAAUAUUACGGUACAUCCGCCUACAAUGUUGCCAAGACUGUUGCUGGUAUCCAGAAGGAAAUCAUGACUAAUGGACCCGUGGAGGCCGCUUAUACCGUCUAUGAGGACUUCUACCAGUACACUGGUGGAGUAUACACCCACACUGGUGGAGCUGCGCUCGGUGGUCAUGCAGUCAGAAUUCUUGGAUGGGGUGUCGACAACAAGACCCCAUACUGGCUCGUUGCCAACUCCUGGAACACCGACUGGGGAGAGAACGGUUACUUCCGAAUCCUUCGCGGAGUCAACGAGUGUGGAAUUGAGCACGCUAUUGUUGCUGGAUUGGCAAAAGUCUGA